UCGAUUCCUCGUGUCUGCAGACUCAGCGCGUGUCGUGACGUCAUCACUGUGCGCCAGCAGCAGCCGCUCUGAUCUUUGGAUUCGGUUUGUUGUUGUCGGUCAAACUCGCGGGAAAAUGUCCACGGCCAUGAAUUUCGGGGUGAAGAGUUUCAAGCCUCGCGCUCCAGACAAAGGCUCGUUUCCUCUGGACCAUUUCGGAGAGUGCCGUUCCUUCAAGGAGAACUUCAUGAAGUGUCUGAGAGAAAACAGUUUCGACAACUCCAGGUGUCGACUUCAGUCCAAAGAAUACCUGGAGUGCCGGAUGGACAAUCAGCUCAUGGCCAAGGAGCCUCUGGAGAAACUGGGGUUCAAGGACCUGAUGGACCCUCCUGCAGGCCACAAGGACCAGGGCCCCAACGUCUGACCAGGACUCCAGCGUCUGACCUGCAGCCUCUUUUCUGCUGCUUCGGAACACGUCUGCAGAGCUUGGCUGCGCCGGAGGAGCUCGGCUGCGCACGAGGAGCUUGGCUGCGCACGAGGAGCUCAGCUGCGCAGGAGGACAUUAGGGUUCCAGCUCAGAACUGUUUCUUUCUUUUUUUCUCUUGUGUGAAAGUGAACUUGAAUAAAUGUUAUUUAUAGAA